GACAGGACUCAAAACCCAGUUGUCAGAAAUAGUAUCUGCAACACACAGAAGCAGCGCUGUUCGAUUAUUACCGGAAAUAGCCGGUCUCUUUUCGAGCCCCAAGGUGUAUCAUGAGCACCUUGCACCCUUCCCUUUGGAGUUUCAAUUUUCAAGAGAGAAAAGAGAAAGAGAAGUGAACAAGCCACAGUUAUUAACUGUAGAAAACAACACUUCAUAGUUCAUACAGAGAGAGAGAGAGAGGAAAAAAAAACACCGUGUUUUCUUGUGAGUUGGUGUGCAGUGGUUUCAGUUCAGAUGCGUGUAGAGACCACACACCAACUUCUCCUAAAACCAGUUCAGUUCACGUAUCUCUGUGACAACCUGCGCCACUUUCUCUGCAUAAGAUCAUGAUCAUAAUUAUUAUAUCCUUUCCUUUCACAGUCACUAUCACUUCCACUGUUCUUCUCUGCAGCUCUUCUGCUCUUCCACUCUCUUUCUCUCUUCAUCAUCAAAACGGCUCACUUUUCUUUUCUGCACUAUGGCUGAGGAGGGUUUUGAGCACUACCAUGUCCCACAACAAAGUAGAAGGAACAAGCUGAGAGUUUUCCCUGAGCACCAACCUUAUUGUUUCGUUGAAUCUUCCUCCACUUGCCCUACUUUAGCCUCUCUCUACGAUCCUUCGCUUAUUAUUCCUUCUGAUUUGUUAGCUUGUGCCACCCAACAAGGUGGUGGUGGUGCUGCUGCUAAGGAACAAGAAGGUUCCAAUUUGAUGAUGGGGUUUGUUAAAGGAGCGGUUGUGAAUGGUGAUGCAAUUCAAGUCAUCAUCAACAACAACAACCCUUUAUACCAGCUUCAGAACCUUAGGGAAUAUGGUGACACCUACAAUGAUGGGAGUGAAAUGAUGGUGUUCAAGCCUGAGCCUUUGUCUUUGUCCUUGUCUUCCCACAGUAACAGCACUCAUCAUUACCCUCUGGAACUGAAUCUUCAGCAAUAUGGGGCUGUUAAUCCGGGUUUGGUUGGAGGUAACAGUGAGGUUUCGAGGAAUUCUGUUCCACUUGGACCCUUUACGGGGUAUGCUUCGAUAUUGAAGGGAUCGAGGUUCUUGAAACCCGCACAGCAAUUAUUGGAAGAGUUAUGUGAUGUUGGGGUUCGUGGAAUUUACACCACCGAGAAGAUUAUUGCUCCUGAUGCAUCGUUGAUGGAACCUCCUCGUGAGGGUUUUAGUGCUAGUGAAGUUGUUGGUGGGGAUGAUCCACUUGGGGAAUAUCAAAAUUAUGGUAGGAUGAAGAAGUGUAGACUAUUAACCAUGCUUGACGAGGUUCACAGGAGGUACAGGCAGUAUUAUCAACAGAUGCAUGCAGUGAUAACUUCAUUUGAGUAUGUUGCAGGCCUUGGUAAUGUGGCCCCGUACGCAAGUUUGGCUAUAAAUGCCAUGUCGAAACCAUUUAGAUGCUUGAAGAAUGCUAUUACUGACCAGCUUCAGUUCAUCAACAAGGCUCCUUUUCAGAUAAGCAACAGAAAGGAUGAAUCUCCAAGGUUCCACAGCAGUGAUAGGGGCACUCACAGCCAAAGGCCAGGGUUUCUUGAGCACCAACAACCAGUUUGGCGACCUCAAAGAGGACUCCCUGAGCGAGCUGUGAGUGUUCUCCGAGCCUGGUUGUUUGAACACUUUCUGCACCCUUAUCCUACUGAUACUGACAAGUUAAUGUUGGCUAAACAAACCGGUCUAUCUCGCAACCAGGUGUCUAAUUGGUUUAUUAAUGCAAGAGUAAGGCUUUGGAAACCAAUGGUGGAGGAAAUACAUAUGCUAGAAUCACAACAAGGUCAAAAGAGGUCACAUUGGGAAGAAAGAAGUAAGAAAAACCUAAGUGAUCAUUUACCUUCAGAUCACAACUCUGUUGUUACUGAGAAUCCAUCCACCUCCAUGGAGAAGUUUCAUGAUGCCCCUUAUAAACACCCUAGAAAUGAACUUGCUAACAAGCAAGUGAGGAGUCAGGAGCAGCUGAAUCAGACCAACACAGGCAAUCAGCAAGUCAUGGGUGUUGGAGUGAGCAAUAAUGGGGUGUCUCUCACACUUGGUCUUCACCAAAAUCAUCACGGUAUUGGGUUGUUUGAGCCCUUUGGAAUGAGUGCAGCUCAACGUUUUGGCGUUGCCCUUCAGCCUGAGGGCUAUGUUCUUAGUAGUUUUGAAUCACAAAAUCGACAUUUUGGAAGAGAUGUUAUUGGAGGAGGGCAAUUGUUGCAUGAUUUUGCAUGCUGAAGAUGUCUUCAAUCUACUCACCUUGCUUGGACAUCAUUUGAUUCGGUGAUAUUAUAUUAUACUAACCAUAUUUCUGUUGUUGCUGUAAUCAAUCAUCGGAAAUUAGGAAAAAGGAAAGUGAUUGAAAUAUUGGCCUUCGAUGGUGCUACUAAGUUUGUGAUUAAGUGGUCUUAUAAUUAUUAAGCCAACAAGACUGUAAAGUCAUUGUAAAUUCAUUUUAGGGGGAGAAAUAUUGUGCCGAAGUUUUUAUUUU